AUGGCUUUACUGUGUGGGCAGCGCAAGAUGCAGGUCAAGAAUGUGGGCCCCGGAUACUCGGACCACAACUCAUACUGGGUGGGCGCGUCCGACGUCACCAACGAGGGCGACUUCCGCUGGACGGACUCGCUGCCCUUCUCGUACACGAACUGGUUCCCCGGGUGGACGCAGCACGGCGGCUACAACCGGCAGCCGAACGACGACGGCUUCUCGGCGCAGGACUGCGUGGAGCUGCGGCGGGCGUUCCUGCUGCCGCCGCCCAACGCCGCGCCCGCCGCGCAGGCCGCCGCGCUGCUGCCGCUCGACUCGUCCUUCCGCUGGAACGACCGCGACUGCAGCACGCGCAACCACUUCCUGUGCGAGCGCCCGCGCGACGCCCAGUGUGAGUCUUCUCUUCUCGAGCCGGACGAUAAAAACUACUUCUUGCAAGUAGUGGUAGUGGUCCGACACAUCCGCCGCCGCGGCGCCCUUCUGUCGGGCUGA